AUGACAAUGUUGAGGAUCUUAUAUCUGAGUAGCAAUCACUUUAAAGGAGUAAUCUCCCCUACCAUAUUAAACAGUCCAAAUUUACUCAUCCUAGAUGUUCAAGAUAAUGACUUGUCUGGUGAUAUUCCAGAGUGGUUGUAUGAUCAUCCUUGCUUGGAGGUAUUCCAUUCUUCCUUGAUAACAUUACUUUCUGGAACAAGAGUUCUCCAAGCCCUACUUACUGGAAUGACUGUCAAAAAACUUGUUCUACAGUAUACCUACCUAUUUCAAGAUGAUUAUAUUCGGUCGUUCAUACCAUCGGAAACUCAAAUGUCUCUGCUCAUAAAAAAUAGGUUAUAUACUUUCAAAGGUAAUCCUCUCUUGAUGAUGACGGAAAUUGACCUGUCAUCUAACCAGUUGAUAGGUAGCGUUCCUUCUGAAAUGGGAGAACUGUCACAACUUCGGUUCUUGAACUUUUCAAUUAACUCUCUAACAGGUUUCAUUCCAAUCUCUUUUCAAAACUUGAGAAGCAUGGAGAGUUUGGAUUUUUCUCACAACAAGUUGAGAGGAAGAAUCCCUUCUGAAUUGGUUGGACUCACUUCUCUAUCUGUAUUUAGUGUUGCCUACAACAAUAUAUCAGGUAGAUACCCAUUUGAGCAUCAAUUCUCAACUUUCACAAGCCAAUGCUAUGAGGGUAAUCUGGAACUCUGUGGAGACCCCUUGCCAAGAAAAUGCUCAACUGCAAACCAAUCAGAACCUAAAGAAAAAAAAGGAAUUAGAAUGAUUGAUCACCAUUUCUUCUUCUACGCAUUUGUAACUGUGUCAUAUGCACUUGGGUUUUGGGCUUUCUUUGGGAUCCUAAACAUUAAAAAGAACUCGAGGCACAAGUAUUUCAAAGAUGUGGAUGGAUAUAUUGAGUCUUUGUUUGAGUUGCUCUCUAAGUAUAGAUGA